UCUGAAGCCAGACAAUAUGCUCAUUUCUAAUCAGGGCCAUAUAAAGUUGACAGACUUUGGGCUUUCCAGAGUUACUCUGAACAGAGAGAUAAAUAUGAUAGAUAUUCUUACUACACCAUCAAUGGCAAAACCAAAACAAGACUACUCGCGUACUCCAGGACAAUUGCUGUCUCUCAUCAGUUCUCUGGGCUUUUAUACUCCUGUUGGAAUGAAAAUGCCAGGGUGCAAUUCAAGUCAAUCAUCUGACAGUCUGCAUGGAGUGUUUUCUCCCUUACCUAUGGUCCAAAAGGAAAAUACUCCUCUUUCAACUAAAUUAUUCAAAACAUGUCUUGAUACUUCCCAGUUAACUCCUAUGAUGCCAGUGAGAAGUUUAACUCCUACUCUACUUCAGUCAAGAAAAAGGUUUGGUACCUCCAGUGUUGGUAGUCAGUCACACACAUAUCUGUCCAGUAUGGAAUCAGAAUGCUGCAGCAGCCCCAGGUGGGAGAAAGAUGUAGAGCAAAAUGAAGAUGAACUAUGUUCUACAACAGGCAAAACAAGUAACAGUGGGUCAGCUCUCCUUUCAAAUGUAGAAUUACUGAAUAGCAAAGGUAUUAAAGUUUUAAAGAAAAAAGAACUGGAGUCUGCCAUUUCUCCCAUCAGCAGCAAUGAUUCUGGCAGUAGGCAGAAGUUGGGAAGUGAACAUUCUGAUAUAACAGAUACUCCUGUGACCACGCUGGAUGUGAAAGGCAUAGUCAGAAAAUGCCUUUCUGAAAAUAAGAUUUGGGAAGAAAAACACCUCAUAAAUAAAAGAGAGAUGACUAAUGAAACAGCAGAAACUUCCAAUCAACAACAGUCACCUUCAAGUCAGAAUGAGUCUGUCAAGACUAUCAAAGAGGAAGAAAUUUUUGAAAAGCCAGGUGUAAAAAGAAGCUUUGAAUUAGUUGACACUAGUCCUUGUCAGGAAUUUAACUAUGUUAAAAAAAGCAAUGCAGAAUAUAAACGUGGCUGUCAGAUCUCAGAAUUUCUAGCAAACAAAAGGACAGGUUUGACAACAGAAAUUCAAUCCUUAAUGCUUUGUGAUGAUGGAUGCCUACAUGACACCUGCGAAAGCACGGAAGAAGUUAAGAGUUCUAUUGGUAACCAGCAAACAGAAAAAUCACUUACUCCAAUUAUAGCCAAAAAUCUUAUGUGUGAUCUGGAUGCAGACUAUGAAAAGGAUGAUAAAAAGGAGUACACAAACUCAAGUUUUUUAGGCACUGACGAUGGAAAACCUGUAGGCAUCCUCAGUGCAGAUUCUGACUUAUCAUUUGCUGAAAUGUCUGUUACAGAAAGCCAUUUAGAAAAGCAGCUUUUAGAUUUGGACAAAAGUGUUAAAGACCUCUCCUUUGAGGAACCAAAACCAGAAGGCAUGCUAAUAACAUCACCAGAGUCCCGAGAUGCCUCAGAAAAUGGAGAGGAAGGACAUGCUGUCCAGGACCACAAGCUGUUGCAUCAAGGAAAGGAUAAUGACCAAAAACACAUGAAAGAAACUUACCUUGACACAGUAUCUUCUCCUUCAGAAAAGAUGAUGGAAGCACUGAAUCUCUUAAAAAAAAGUGCUGUUGUUUUUCGAAGUUAUAAUAGUCCAAUUAAUAUAUCCAAUGUAUCUGAGCCAUGCAGCAUGGCUUCCUUAGAUAUAAUGGAUCUUUCACCUGCUUGUAGUGGCUCUUACCCAACAGCUAUUACUCCAUUACAGAAAGGAAGACCGUAUAGGAUCUAUCAGACACCUCAUCAGGGAGAUGCUGGCACACCAUAUAGGACUCCAAAGAGCGUAAGAAGAGGAGCUGCCCCAGUAGAAGGUGAACGCAUCCUAGGGACCCCAGACUACCUGGCACCUGAGCUGCUUUUGACAAAGCCUCAUGGUUCUGCUGUAGACUGGUGGGCCCUUGGAGUUUGUCUGUUUGAGUUUCUAACUGGAAUUCCACCAUUCAAUGAUGAAACACCAACACAAGUCUUCCAAAAUAUUUUGAAAAGAGAUAUUCCCUGGCCUGAGGGUGAAGAAAAGCUGUCUGAUAAUGCCCAAAAUGCAGUAGAUAUUCUUCUAACAAUUGACAGUACUAAGAGAGCUGGACUGAAGGAACUGAAACAUCACCCCCUCUUUCAUGGUGUGGACUGGGAUAAUCUACAGAAUCAAACUAUGCCUUUUAUACCUCAGCCGGAUGAUGAAACUGAUACCUCUUACUUUGAAGCUAGGAAUAAUGCUCAGCACCUGACUGUAUCUGGAUUUAGCUUAUAGCAUCAAGUGAGUUUUUUCCACGUUUUUGCACACUUACAGGCUGUCCUAUAACACUAGUUUGGUCUUAACUAAGUUUCCUUGCCAAAUUUAGAGUGUGUUUUAAGCUAUCAGUCUGUUUUUAUUAUUGUAUCCUUUAUUCUAAAGUGAAACUACUGUAUGAAACUUAGCUGGUAUCAAGUGCCUUCAUGCUACUUCUUAUCUCACUCACUGCACCUUACUAAGAGG